AUGCCCGAACAAACACUAGCUGGGAAGGUCGCUAUCGUCAGCGGCUCAAGCUCGGGUAUCGGCGCCGGCAUCGUUCGUGAGCUGAGUGCUCGCGGUGCAUUCACAGUCAUCAACUUCCCUUUCCCCCAUCUGGAAGCUGAGGCACAAAAUUUAAUGUUAUCUCUGCCGUCUCCUGCGAUAUUAGUUGAAGCUGAUAUGUCGACUACUUCAGCACCUAAUAGAUUAGUUGAUGCUGCAGUGUCACAAUGGGGCAAGAUCGAUAUCGUCGUGAACUGCGCGGGCUUAGCUAUCAAUAAGCCAUUUGAAGAGCAGACAUUAGCUGACUGGGACCUGCUGGUCAAUGUGAAUGGACGUGGCACAUUUCUCUUAACGCAGGCCAGUCUCCCGCAUCUAACGAGGGGCAGUGGGAGGAUUGUAAAUAUUGUGAGCAUAUCUGCCAGAGGGCCGCCCCCGAACCAGACGAUAUAUGCGGGCACGAAAGGAAUGUGUGAUUCAUUCACCAAGGCGAAGGAGCUACCUCCCAAAUACGGCUGUACAGUCAACGCGGUCAGCCCUGGUCCAACCAUGACCGAGGGAUUCGCCGCUGCUGGAGAGGAACAGAUGAAAAUUCUUCAGCCGAUUAUUGAUCAGACACCGGUUGGUGCGCGGAUGGCUGAUCCAAGUGAGAUUGCAUUUGCCGUUGCUUUCUUGUGCGAGGAGCGGGCACGGUGGAUAAAUGGAACGCAUAUUGUCGCGUCAGUCAGCGCUGAAUACGUUAGCCAUGCAAUCAAAAAGCUUGCAAAUGAAGAAAGCGGGUCCCAGAUCUCAAUCGUCUCAUGGUCAGCUGGAGCAUUGACUACUCAGUGGACAUUGACCUUCUACCCAGAGACUCGAUCCAAGGUCAAGAGACAUAUCGCUAUCGGACCGGAUUAUCGCGGUUCAUGGACCAUGAUACCGCUCGUUUACUUGAGCAUGUUCACCGAGGCAUUGGUACAGCAGGUGCCCUGGUCCAAAUUUAUGAAAACUCUGGCUCGAUUUGGCGGACAUAGGGCUCUUGUCCCGACCACGAGCAUUGCGUCGAGUACCGAUCUCAUCGUCCAACCAGGCUUUUACGGUGAAGGUUGGCCUUUUCUUAAAGAUACCUGGCGACUGAGUGGUUCCCAGGCUCAGAACAUAGAUCUCUUCAAGCUUUGUGCUGUUAAAUCGAUCAAACAAGGUGUUUUUCCGCAUAUAGUGAGUCACGACUCAUUACUAUGGGAAACUGCGAGCUACCAUAUCAUAUUUGACGCGCUGAACAAUGAGAAGACGUUUUUGGGGAGUGCUGAGAAAGUCACUUCCGACCACUGUCGAGGAAUUCCAUCAGAUCAUCUUCCGCCUGGUUCAGAAUACAAACAUGCAGCGAUUAUGCCUGAGCUUUCAGACUAUGCCGCUAAUUAUGCCUCAAAAAAACCGUUAAGAGGAUGGCCAGAGAUGCCACUACGAGAGUAUACGUCGGUGGAACGAUGGGAAAAGUACAAAGCUGGAGAGAAAGCGCACAUAUAA